AUAAUAAUAUAGAUUAAUAGAGAUGGCUGCAGCUAACUGACAACUGACCUUCCUCCCUUUGUUGUCUUUAUCUCAACAAACUCCGAUCAUUAAUUCAUACUUAAAUUCACCUAUGCAUUGAGAGUCCCUCUGUGUCAAACCAAUAAAACCCAUCACCUUCCUCAACCCUUUCACUCACUUCUAUGUACAAGAACCACCAUCAACCCUUCUCUCUUCUCUCUCUCUCUCUCUCUCAAGACUAUACACACAAAUUCAUUCAUGGGUAAUGCAACUUCCUGCGCUCCAUCCAUCAUCUCAAGUGGGUCAUCAGUGGCGAAAGUCCUGUCCUCUGAUGGCAGGAUGCAAAUCUACCCAAGGCCCAUCAGAGCGGCCGAGCUCAUGCUUGAGAACCAGGGCCAAUUCCUCUGCAACUCCUCCACCCUCCGGGUCGGCCACCGGAUCCACGGCCUCUCGGCCGACGAGGAGCUCGAGCUUCGCCACUUCUACUUCCUCCUCCCCAUGGAGCUCCUCUACUCUGUACUCACCUACGAAGAGAUGAGCGCCCUUACCUACAGAGCCUCCAAGGCUCUCAAGCAUGGGAGCUUCAACAACCUGAGCAAGAUCUUCCCUCUGUUCAGUGAGUUCUGCAUCUUCCCAUCUGAGGCCAAGACGAUGGAGGGUUCAGAUAGAGAUGAUGCAGUGGAACCAAUUGAGAGGUACUCAAAGCAGAGGUCUUGGAGGCCUGCUCUGGAGACCAUUAUGGAGACUCCAUGUAGGCUAUCAUAUGAUUAAUUAGCUCAAGCCUUUCUUAGUCAUCUUAUUGAUCUUGAAUUCCGUGCUGUUAUCAGCACCAGAAUCAAAAGGGAAUUUAAUACCCUGGUGUCACAACUCUAGAUGAAC